UUCUCUCACGAGUAGUGUGAAAAUAACAGAAGAUAUGGUUCAAUUAAGCUACGUCGUGAGGAUUAUCAGUAUAACACUGUUGUGCGUUUUAGCGAAAGAACUAUACUCUGAUAAAUAUGACAAUAUUGAUGCCAUAAGUAUCCUUCAAAACGAUAAAUUACGAGAUGAAUACUACAAUUGUUUUUUGGAAAAGGCGCCAUGCCCGACAGAAGAUGCGAAGUUCUUUCAAGAAAUUUUGAGUGAAUCUCUCCAAACUAAAUGUAAGAAAUGUACUCAAAAACAAAAGGAAUUACAGCUUACGAUGAAGAAUUGGUUUGUACAAAAUAAACCUGAACAAUGGGAAACUCUAAUUGCAAAGUCUGUUGAGGAUAUGAAAAAAAAACGCUGGUAGAUAAUUGCUGACAUAAUCAACAAGGAGGGCACGGCAAGAAAAUGUUAAUCAUUUAUAAAAUUACUCGAUCUAAAUAUUUGGAAAUAUCUUUUUAAAAAAUAUAGAAUAUUUCUAGAUACUAUAAUUAUUGAUAUAAUUUGUACUUGUGUUAUGCAAUGAAAUAAAAUGUAAAAGUGUUUAAAUUUAAUUU